GCCUACUCCCCUAAUUGUGAACAUUCUAUAUAUUUUGCACUUAUGGCAUUUCGGGAACUCAAAGUCUCCCAUAUCAUAAAGAGUAUAAAUACUACUAUGGCAUCUGAUAUUCCAUAAUGAGAAAGCGCAGAGGUGUACCUUCUUAUUAGUAUAUAUUUAGAUUCUUCCGUUGUUUCAUUCCCAAGUUCAUUUGAUAUUUACAUACCACUUUAAAAACAAAUUAUUCUUCUCUUCGAAAUUUUGUCAACAAUCAAUAUCAACACUUCUUGAGAGUAAUUGUAGUAUUUUUAAAGGCCUCAUUCUCAUCAAACAGCCGUUCAACGAAUUCUUUGGCUGGACCAGACAUCUUUUCAAUGCCGCUUGUGCCUACUCCCUCGUUCAAACAGAGAGAAAAGUUUGCUAGAAUAGAUGAUUUAACAUUCAUUAUUGAUGGGAAACGUUGUACCAUUAGGCCAGAACACCCAAUCUAUUUUAAUAGAAUCAAACAAGAAGAUUCGAGACAAACUGCAGUUAAGAGAAGAAAGUGCAGAGUCGACAGGAGCACCAGUCAUUUACCACAAAUUGUUCAGCCCUUCAAAGAUCCACCACAAUGUCUCUUUCCACCACCACUAAAUCCUGAAAGUACAAAAUGGGAAGAUUUGUUCUUGGGGCUGCCAUUCAAUGUUCGUUGGAUGACAUACCGUCACCUUUCAAUCGUCGGGAAAACACCGAUACUAAUUAGAUCACCUCUUUCUUCUGCCUAUAAAAAGAGGCACAAGCCGUCAAACUAUUCUCAUGCUAUUCUCAGAGUGAGCAAGGCGAUUCGUCAUGAUGCUGCUGAGUACUUUUAUACCAAUACUAAUUUUGCUAUUGGAAGUCCCAGAUGGGAUCAGAAGCCGGAACUUGAGCCUUCACCUGAUGGAAUACAAACUUUUCUUUCUUGGACCCCCCGGCAUUAUGUCAACUGCAUAACUAAGCUUACUAUUCUGGCCCGCCUUGUCGUUUACUUCAGAAAAACAGAAUUUACACAUGCAGACCUCACUUACUUUGAGGCUAUGAUGAUUGCCACAAAAGAAAGCUUCGUUAAUCUGCAAGUUUUAUCGGUUAUGUUCACUGAGUUUGACGGUGUAUGUGUCCCAGAUUCCCCCCUGGAUGUUGGAAUUAAGACAGAUGGAUGGCUUAAAACUAUAUACAAUUCGUUCAAAACGGUGUUGCAGCAUCAGAAUCUUGAAGAGAUAUACUUGGGGGUGGACUUGAUAGGAAAACCAGCUCGAUAUAAAGGAAUCCCCGCUUGGGACCAAUUACCAGAUCGUGAUGCUUUGAUCUUCAUUAAGGAUGUGGUGAAGACGGCUGCCAUGAAGCAUGGUUCAUGGGUAUUUCAUUGGGAAGAACGCUGGGACAGCCUAUUUUCACAGGAAGAAGAAAAUGAAGAAGAACAUUGGGAAAUGGAACUCUGCUCGAUUUCCAGAAGAGUUUGAUUAAGAUGUUUUUAUAUAAGCCAAAGAAUCCGUCUGACCAACGGGGUCUGUCGAAUUAUGAUGCUGAAUCCGGCAAUUCUUUGCGCGUUGGUAACUUGCAUACCUGGCAGUUUCUCGAGUUGGCGGUAAUAAUAUGUUUGCGAUGGUUCCAGGUGGUAGGGAAAAGAGAAAGAUUGAACACUGAAGCUGGAUGGCUGAAGCUCGAAACUGACUAGGCGGCCAAUAUGAGUCCCUUUCAUUGUUACCUAUUCAUAGUUACAUAAUGCAGUCUUUUGAAUAACA